AUGUCUGGCGAGCUUAUAAAGCUGUGGAUCGGAUCCAAUGCGUGGUAUGAUAGUCCGGUCAAGAGUUACUAUUAUCUCCUGAAGUUUCUUUUGGUGGGAGACAGCAGAGUCGGAAAGGGGGAAAUCUUGGACAUUCUGCAAGACGGAUCAGUAGAGUCCCCCUAUGACUAUCACAGGGGGAUUGAUUACAAGAGCACCACAAUUCUGCUGGAUGGGAGGAGAGUGAAAUUAGAGUUAUGGUUCACAACAGGACAAGGCAGAUUCUGCGCCAUCUUCAGGUCUUACUCUCGUGGGGCACAGGACAUACUGCUCGUGUAUGACAUCACUAACGGCUGGUCAUUUGAUGGAUCUGGGAAAUUGAUGAGGAAAUUCCAUCAGCACGCCCCUGGUGUACCCAGGAUCCUAGUGGGCAACCGGCUGCACCUGGCUUUCAAGCGACAGGUGCCAACGGAGCAGGCAAGGGCGUAUGCAGAAAAGAACAGCACGACAUUCUUUGAGGUCAGUCCGCUGUGCAACUUCAACAUCAUCGAAUCCUUCACAGAACUUUCACGCACUGUGCUGAUGAGGCACAGGAUGGAGAAAUUCUGGAGGACCAACAGAGGUCCAUCCAUCCAUCCGUCGUCAAACGCUUAUCCUGCGUACAGGGUUGCGGGGGCCCAACAGAGGUGA